CAGACGUCUACAAGAUGGACGAGUUUCUUCAGCUGGACGUGAAACAGGUGACGCACCUGCUCCAGCAGGACACGCUGACCGUCCGAGCCGAAGACCAGAUCUACGACGCAGCGGUGCGGUGGCUGAAGUACGACGUCUUGAAUCGACAGCAGUACAUGGUAGACAUUCUGGGGAAGGUUCGAUUCCCCCUCGUAUCCAAAAACUUCCUCAGUAAGACCGUUCAAGCCGAACCGCUGAUCCAGGACAACCCCGAGUGCCUGAAAAUGGUCAUCUGUGGCAUGCGUUAUCAUCUUCUGUCUCCAGAGGACCGUGAGGAGCUCGGGGAGAGCAGUCGACCACGCCGCAAGAAACACGAUUACCGCAUCGCCCUGUUCGGAGGCUCACAGCCGCAGUCCUGCCGCUACUUUAACCCGAAGGAUUACAGUUGGACGGACAUUCGCUGCCCCUUUGAGAAGCGACGGGACGCCGCGUCUGUGUUCUGGGACAAUGUGGUUUAUAUCCUGGGCGGCUCUCAGCUCUUCCCCAUCAAACGGAUGGACUGCUAUAAUGUGGUGAAGGACAGCUGGUACUCCAAACUCGGACCCCCGAACCCGCGGGACAGUCUGGCCGCCUGCGCCUCCAAAGGGAAGAUCUACACCUCCGGAGGGUCGGAAGUGGGAAGUUCAGCUCUGAAUCUGUUCGAGUGCUACGACACGCGCUCAGAGACGUGGCAGACGAAGCCCAACAUGCUGAUGCCGCGCUGCAGUCACGGCUCGGUGGAGGCCAGCGGUCUCAUCUACGUCUGCGGAGGAAGUCUGGGAAACAACGUGUCCGGCAGAGUCCUCAACGACUGCGAGGUGUACGACCCCAACACUGAAGAGUGGAGGGCUCUCUGUGGGAUGCGGGAGGCCCGUAAGAAUCACGGUCUGGUUGUGGUGAACUCAAGAAUAUACGCAGUCGGCGGGCAGAACACACUCGGCGGUCUGGACUCGGUGGAGUACUACGAGAUCGGCAGUAACGAGUGGAAGAUGGCGUCUCCGAUGCCGUGGCGCGGCGUGACGGUGAAGUGUGCGGCCGUGGGCUCCGUCAUCUACGUUCUGGCCGGGUUUCAGGGGGUCGGCCGUCUGGGGCACAUCAUGGAGUAUUACACAGAGACCGACAAAUGGGUGGUUUCCAGUAAAGUCCGCGCGUUUCCCGUCACCAGCUGCCUCAUCUGUCUGGUGGACACCUGUGGCGCCAACGAAGAGGACAUGAAUUCAACCUCUUCUUCCUCAUCAUCAUCAUUGGCGGAUGGAAGAAUGUAGCGUUGCUUUCAGAGCAUAUAGAUGAUACAAAACCACUGGAAACACAAAGCAGAGAACAGACUGGGUCCUUAUUGUGCCAAGACGUUCACUGCGUUAUGAUCUCCAGAUUACGGUUUGUGUCUUUAGUGCAGAUGUGAAGAGCUUGUGCCGCUUAGAUUGAACCGAUCAGGUUUACUUUAAACAUUAUUUUUUUGUUGAGAUAGGACUGCUUUUGUCUUUAUGUCCACCUCUUUGCCAAUUUUUGAUCUUAAGAGUUUUAACAGACAACUUGUGGGUGAAAAUGUCCGUAGAUGUCCACAGUUCAUUCUUUGGAAACAUUUGUACCUCUGCAUUUAGCAGAUUUUGGGGACUAAAAUGGUUUUUAUGUUUUAAGAAUUUGUGUUUUGAUGUGUUUAUAUUAUGUGUAAACGAACUUGUAACUUUUAUUUUUUAAAUAAUGAUCAUAUUAUCAUUUUGAUGCUGCAGAACUACAAUAAAACAGGCCAGAAACGUUCUCAAAGUGAAUCAAUCGGUUCAGUUCACCAGUUUAUAGAAGCAUCUGUUUGAAUUAUUUUUUAUUUUUUAAAUAUUUGAGUUUUAAAUGUUUAAUUCAUUGUCCAAUAAAAGCUUUCUUUUGUGUUAAUACAUUCAUUA